UAGUAUCUUUCUGGGCAUUUAUAUUUCUUUAACUCACCAAGCCGUCAACUAUCCAAACGCCAAUACACAGUUACAUAUUAAUCAUGGCGGACAAAUUGCGUACCCAGCAAGAACUUGAACGACUUCAGGCGAAGUACAUCGGCACCGGCCACCCAGACACAACUUCGUGGGAAUGGAGGACAAAUGUUGCGCGUGACACCUACUCCAGCUUCGUCGGCCAUCCUCCCCAACUGGCCUACAUCUCGCUCGCACAGAAUGAGCCUGCCGCAAAAGUCCGAGCCCAGCUUCUACGAAAGAUGAUACAACCAUGUGGUGCACCUCCCCCACGCGAAGGCGAAGAGCCCGUACAAAGGCCUACCUGAUCAGGAAACCUCAAAUCGGUCAAUUGUUGAGUGGCAGGGAUAUUUGGUAUGCUUGACAGAUUGAAGAAUUAGAGACGACCAGAUUUGCUCUUUUCAUAUCCAUUUAGACAAUACAGUGUAGAAUUGUUGAAGCAUGGC